AAUAAAAUGAAAGAAAUCUUCUUCUCAUAUUUUUGGAUGCCUGCAACACACUUCCCAUUAUUCAAAGCCGCGUCUUCCAUUUCUUCUCUCUGUACAUACGUCUCUAUCUUCUCUCUUUUUCAUACUUUGCUCUUUGCAUAAUCAUUUUUUUCACCUGCUCAGAUUUUAUUUUUGUUUUUGGUUCAGUGCUUGCCAUGUUAUUCAUCUUUUGAGCUCUUAUCUGCCAUGUUCAUGAUCUUUGAGUGACAAAGAUUAGCAUCUUUGCGCGUGUCCCAUUCUCUUCUCCAACCCUAUUGUAAAAGGUUUCCUAUUUCAAAUAUACUUGAAAACUCAAAUGGAGGUUAAGCUAUGGAAUGACAAGCGUGAAAGAGAAAUGUAUGACAACUUAGCUGAACUCUUUGCUAUUAUCAAAGCAACAGAGAAGCUAGAGAAGGCUUAUGUUCGUGACAUCAUUUCAGCAGCUGAAUAUGAGACUGAGAGUCAGAAACUCAUUGCUCAGUUCAAAACCCUAUCAUCUACAUUAAGGGAUACUGUACCUAACAUUGAGCGAUUUCAUGACACAUACAAAAUGGAUUGCCCUGCUGCCCUAAACCGGCUUGUGACCUCUGGCGUGCCAGCUACUGUAGAACACCGAGCUGCUGCUGCAAUGUCAUCUGUGAGUUCAGCAGCUGUUGUGGCCGAAUGUGUGCAGAAUUUCAUCACUGCAAUGGACUCGUUAAAGUUGAACAUGAUUGCCGUAGACCAGGUCUAUCCCCUAUUAUCAGAUCUGUCAUCUUCCCUCAAUAAACUAUCGAUUCUGCCAGUGGAUUUUGAAGGGAAGACAAAGAUGAGAGAGUGGCUUUCAAGACUGUCGAAGAUGGGGGCUGCAGAUGAGUUGACAGAACAACAGGCUCGCCAGCUCCACUUCGAUCUGGAAUCGUCAUACAAUUCUUUCAUGGCAUCACUUCCCACUGAUGGAAGUUAGCUGACUAUAUCAAUAGGUGGUAUGUUUGUAAAUACCAUUGUUAUUUUGUUUAGUAAGUUCAUAAAUCAUAACACAUAUUAUUCCUUCUUUAAUUGGAGCGCUAGUGAUUAUCAGUGAAGAUGAAUUGUGUUUAUUUUGGGACUUCUUACAUGUUAUAUAAUUGUAAGAUUGGUGGUGUACCCAUUUUCCUUUUGAGCGGAUGAUUUAUUGGAAACAACCUCUCUACCCGGUUUGGGUACAUCCUAUACUCCCCAAACCCUACUUGUGGGAUUGCACAGGUUAUGUUGUUAUGAUCGUAGUAUCAUUUUUUAUGCUA